AUGGUUGACGCAGUUACAUCACAACUUAGCAAUACAAAGCUAGGGGAGACGGAAGGAACAUGGAAGGACCAAUUGAAGAUCCCCGCAAAGGAUAACCGAACGCAGACUGAGGAUGUCACCGCGACGAAGGGCCUCGAAUUUGAAGAUUUUUAUAUCAAGAGGGAGUUGAUGAUGGGAAUUUUUGAGGCAGGUUUUGAGAAGCCAUCCCCCAUUCAAGAAGAAACGAUACCAGUUGCGCUUACGGGGCGCGAUAUCCUUGCGCGAGCGAAGAACGGUACUGGAAAGACCGCAGCUUUUAUCAUCCCCACUUUGGAACGUAUAAACCCCAAGAGCAGGAAGACACAGGCUCUUAUCCUCGUGCCUACUAGAGAGCUUGCUCUCCAAACCUCGCAGGUUUGCAAGACUCUUGGGAAACAUCUCGGUAUCAACGUUAUGGUCACUACUGGCGGUACCGGGUUAAUGGACGAUAUCAUUCGUCUAAAUGAUACGGUGCACAUCAUUGUCGGAACACCUGGCAGAGUGCUUGAUCUGGCAAGCAAAGGCGUUGCUGAUCUGUCAGAAUGCCCAACAUUCGUCAUGGAUGAAGCCGACAAGCUCCUUUCUCCCGAAUUUACUCCUGUCAUUGAACAACUUCUCUCGUUUCACCCGAAGGAUCGUCAGGUCAUGUUGUUCAGUGCUACGUUUCCUAUGAUCGUCAAGUCUUUCAAGGAUAAACACAUGCGCAACCCUUAUGAGAUCAAUUUGAUGGACGAACUUACCCUCCGGGGUAUCACGCAAUACUACGCAUUUGUGGAAGAAAAACAAAAAGUCCACUGUCUCAACACGCUAUUCUCGAAACUCCAAAUCAACCAGUCCAUCAUCUUCUGCAAUUCAACCAACCGUGUGGAGUUGCUAGCAAAGAAGAUUACGGAGCUUGGCUAUUCCUGCUUCUAUUCCCACGCCCGCAUGCUUCAACACAACAGAAACCGUGUUUUCCAUGACUUCCGUAACGGCGUUUGCCGUAAUCUUGUCUGCUCUGAUUUGUUGACUCGUGGUAUCGAUAUUCAGGCGGUGAAUGUUGUUAUCAACUUCGACUUCCCCAAAAAUGCCGAGACAUAUCUUCAUCGUAUUGGCCGAUCUGGACGUUUUGGACAUUUGGGUCUGGCAAUCAAUCUGAUCAACUGGGAAGAUCGAUUCAAUCUUUACAAGAUUGAGCAAGAGCUUGGCACUGAAAUCCAGCCUAUACCUCAAUCCAUCGACAAGAAACUCUACGUCUACGAUUCGCCCGAUACCAUCCCACGCCCCAUAACUUCGGGACCACAGGGACAGCAACCAGAGGGAUAUCGCGGCGCUGAGCACCAGGCCUACCGCCAGCAACCCGGUGGCCGUUAUAACAACGCAGGUCGUGGAAGGGGAGCUUAUCGCGGUCGCGGGGGUCAAGGUCAACGCCGAGGCGGUGGACACGACAACCACCGACCUGUGAACCCUCAUGCUCAUGACGGUACCAAGCCGCAGCCAACGCCAGCUUCGUAA